AUGAAACCAUACAUCGGUAUCCCAGCGGUGAUAGUGCUCGUUCAUCGUGCUUGGUCGCGAAAGUCGCUGACCACCCCCGGCCUCAUUGCGGCUGCGCUGACGGCCAGCGCCCAUGCUCUUCAUCCAUGGUCCGCUCCUUUUGUCUUAUUAGGAGUAUUCUACUUUGGGGGCACCAAAGUUACCAAGGUUAAACACGAUGUCAAAGCUCGUUUGACGCUCUCCGCGACCGGCUCCGAGGGCGGCGAGGGUCAACGUACCCACAUCCAAGUCCUGGCGAACUCUGUUGUCGCGACAGUGCUUGCUCUCCUACAUACAUAUGUUCUGGCAGGGAAGCCUGCGAGCGCAACACAGUGCUUUUCGAAUGGUCAUGAUGUGGCGGAUCUGUUGGUCGUGGGAAUAGUCGCGAACUACGCCGCUGUCGCCGCUGAUACAUACUCCUCCGAGCUUGGUAUUCUGUCCAAGUCCAAACCCCGCCUGAUCACCUCUCCCACGUUCCGCGUUGUCCCCCCCGGUACCAAUGGCGGUGUAACGGGCACCGGACUCCUAGCAGGAGUGCUGGGUGCAUUUACAAUUGCCGUGUCAUCCGCUGCUAUUCUACCUUUCUGCUCCGAAGGCGAUACUCUCUCGACACUCAAGAGCCGGGCUCAGUGGAUUCUGGCUGUGACAAUGUGGGGAGGUUUGGGCAGUGUGCUGGAUAGUGUCUUGGGUGGAUUGCUCCAGGCCAGCGUGGUGGACAAGAGAACAGGAAAGGUCAUCGAAGGAGCCGGUGGCCAGAAGGAAGAGGAUAGUGCUGAUAUUGUCAUGCAGGUCCUUGUUCAUCCCUCUUCUACUAAGCCCGGCGUCCCAGCUGAUACCACCGGUCUGAAGCCUGCCGGAUCAAGCUCGAGUGCGCAGGUACACGCCACAGAGGCAGUCGCUAACACUGCCACUCUGAAAGGAACCAGGGCUACUGGAACGUCGACGGGGACGUCCGCAGGAGAAAUUGAAUCGGGACACGAAAGCCGGAGGGUAGAGAGUGGACGGGACCUCUUGGAUAACAAUGCCGUGAAUCUUCUGAUGGCCUUUGCAAUGAGUGUUGGGGCUAUGGGUGCUGCAAGUUGGGCCUGGGGUUUAAAUCUGGCUGACUUGGCUUUGUGGUAG